CAAAAUCUUAUCGCUAGCGUCACUGUGUGGCCACGGCCCGGUUUAUCAAACGGCCUGGGACUGGCUGGAGGCCGAGUUCACAACGAUGGAUGACGGCUCAUUGCUGCCCAUUAUUUCAGCGCCUUAUAAAUCUCCAGAGCCAAAAAGCAAAAGAAUCGCCCUGAUACUCCGCUGGCCCGGUCCACUUUGCCUCAGCGGUGACGGAGACCUUAUCCCGAAAUCCCUUAAAAACAAUCACCAGACCGCAGGCGGAUCAGAACCCUGAAGUGCAGUAGUCCUUGUGCCGAAUCGUUCUCUUUUUACCCCGGUGGCUGUGUCUCUACAGAGGAUGCCGUCCGACCAGCCCUACCCGACCCGGGAUGAUGCCUCCCGAUCCCCGAGUCCGAACAACGACAAGAACAAGAUCACUGUUGAAGUGACGCAGAACAGCCUGGACUCGGCUCCAUUGUCUCGGCGAUCCUCGCUCUCAUUGACCGACCAGGCCAGCAGUAGUAAAUUCGCCUCCACCCCCGCGACCGGAGCUCAAACCCCGGAUCCUUUGUACGCCCACCUCGCCGGCCACGACGACACGCUCAAGAAAUUCCCCCAGGUUAUUGCACACGCGCGAGAUGACAGUGAAGACGAAUCUUAUGAGUUGCCCGUGGCACGACACAGUCGCGGCGAUGCAAAUCCUACCGAUGGCCAGCAUCUCAGCUACCGCCGGCCUUCUAUGGUCGCAGCUCAGGGCAGGGACUUCCCCGACGAGGCCGGCUCCCCACCCCCUAAGCCCACCCAGGGUCGUCCGCCAGAAAUCAGCAGUUUCGGUGCCGAGAUCGUGUUGAUCGCGGUCUGCUCCGCAGGUCUGAUGUUGUUUUCUUUCCUCCUCGGAGAUGUGCUCGCUCCGCAGCUCCAGUUCCGGCAAGCCCUCGGCAUCACCAACACCGAGCUACCCUGGCUUGUCGGCUCCUUCAACGUUGCCAAUGGCUUGUCCGUCGUGGUGUCCGGCUCGUUGACCGACCUGACGCCUCCCAAAGCCCUUAUGGUCGGGGCUUUCCUCUGGCUUAGCGUCUGGAACAUCAUUGGCGCCUUCUCCAUCCACCCCUCCCGUUAUGUGCUCUUCUUCGUGGUGCGCGCCAUGCAGGGCCUGGCCAUCGGCGUCUUGGUCUCCGGUAGCAUGAGCAUUCUCGGCCGCGUCUACAAGCCAGGCAUUCGCAAGAACCGCGUCUUCUCCGCCAUGGCCGCCUGCGCCCCGUUUGGCUUCUCCCUGGGCGCCAUCGAAGGCGGUCUCCUCUAUCAAAACCUUCCCUGGAUCUUCGGCUGCAACGCCAUCAUCACCGCCAUCUGUGCUGUCGGUGCUUACUUCUCCAUCCCCCCGCUUCGCCCUAUGGCAGACUCCGCCGGAGGCGAGGUGCCCUCGCUGCGCCAGUUCGACUACCUUGGCGCCGCCUUCGCCGUCGGCGGCUGUGUCUGCUUACUCUUUGGACUGACCCAGGGUGGCGUCACCGACUGGUCCGUAUACACCUGCGUGCUCACCGCAGUAGGCAUCGUCCUACUCAUUGGCCUCUUUAUCGUGGAGCGCUACGUACCACGCCCCCUGAUCCCCAACCGCCUCUGGAAUACCAAGGGCUUCACCCCGCUCAUGAUCGCCUACUUCCUGGGCUUCGGGUCCUUCUUCGGCGCCUGGCAGUUCUACGCCAUCCAGUUCUGGCUGCGCAUCCAGCAUGCCAGCCCCAUCGACGUGGCGCUAUACCACCUCCCGAACGCCAUCUUUGGCGUCAUCGCCACCUGGGUGGUCAGCCGCACCUUGCACCUCGUACCGGGCCACUACAUCUACACCAUCUCCAUGUUCGCCUUUACGCUCGGACCGGCCUUCUUCCUUCCCCAGAGCCCUACCACUACGUACUGGGAACUGUCUCUGCCUGGUGUGGCGCUUGUUACCUUUGGCCCCGAUCUGGCUUUCGCGGCUGCUUCCAUCUUCAUUACUAGUAACGUGGCGCGCUCGUACCAGGGCAGUGCGGGGAGUCUGCUGGUUACGAACCAAAACUUGUCGUCGGCGAUUAUCACCAGUGUAGCAGAUGCGAUUGGCACACGCGUCGAUAAGCAGGCCGAUGGGAGUGUUGGGCUUACUGGACUGCGAGCUAUUUGGUGGUUCGCACUGGCGUGUCAGUUGCUGGCGGCGCUGGUUACGGUUACGUCGGUGAGGAUACCCAAGGAGGAGGAGAAGGAGCAUGUUACUUGAUGUCCUGAUGGUAAUAUGUGUCUCAUUCUCGGUUUCGUUUCUCGUGUUGUUACGGUGCAUUAUAAAGUAGAUAGAUGGUUGGG